AUGAAAUGCGGCACCCGCCGGCAUACGCUCUGCAACCAGGUGAAAGCUCAUAACUGCAGCUACAAGUCAUAUCACAUUUACCGUAGCGCCGAACUGGAAGACUUGGAUCUGCGGAAUCAGCUCAUUAUAGCGCACAAUGGCCUACGCCAACGUAUUGCCAGCCGCAUGCAUGUCGCUGAUAUGGUGCUGAGCAAAUGGAGCAAACAAUUGGCGACAAUGGCCGAAAAUUGGGCGCUGCAGUGUCGCCCAUAUGAGGAUGAUGAAUGCGCGCACACGUCAUUGCCAAUGAAUAUGCGAACUUUACUCAAUAUGUCACAAGCAAAUCAACAGGAAAUGUUCGUUGCAAUGAACCGCUUUUGUUUCACAUCGCUUUAUUUGCCGCGUGAACUACUGCAAAUGGCUUUCAGUCGGUGGUACUUCGAAAAGGAUCACAUGCAGGCGCCCAAGAAAAUAAACUUUCAAAAUCAAGCGUUAGCUCUGCUUAGUGGUGAAAAUAAUUUUACGCAUUUAGCCCAUCCACGAAUUAGGCGCAUUGGUUGCAGCGUUGCCAGAUAUGACAAUGCGUAUUGCAUCUUUUGCUUCUAUGCUCCUUACUAUAGACAUAAGGACGGUUUGUUGUUUGCUCAUGGCCAACCAGCGACUCAUUGUCCAUGGCAAUAUCCUCUGAGAGACCUCGAUUUUUCAAAUAUGUGUACGCGCAAUAUCUAUCUGGAUGCGGAUGAGCUGAAUCUUGUUGCUGACAAAAUUCAUAUGUCGACUUUUUUAUUAGCAAUUUGUUUAAUUCAAUUAUUUUUAUAAUGUUUAAACAAU